UCAUUGAUGAUUUGAAUCAAUUUUUGCAAACCUUUUUUAUUUGUACUUAUACAUGUUGAGAAAAUUAGGUCAUAAACCUUGCAAUUAAAUCUUAAAAAUCGUCUUCAAUAUAUUUUUAAUUUUUUUACAUUUCACACGAACCAUUACUUACACUUUCCAUAAUUAAAACUUAAUUGAAUGGUGGAAGAAGAUUUUAGGGAAUAUUCCAUCUUUCGUUCAUUCACUUGUACGUUCAGUACUCAAAAAACUCUUGUUAAUAUUUUGAACACAAAAACCCACAGACGUCUGACGAUACGUUACGUUCAAUACAUAACUUCUAAGUGAGGAGAAGUGACGACAAGCGACGUUCAGAAACAUUACCCAUAUUAAUUUUGAGCUACGACGACGACUAUGUAUGGCCAACCGAAAAAAGCUUACCGCCGCCAAAUGGUCAGACCUAACAAAUCGUUUCGUUCAGUUGAAAUAUUGGCCGUCUAGUGUUCACAAUAGGUUUAUGUUGAAGUGCGCGUGCGUUGUGCGACGAACGGAAGUUUAACAUUUUAAUUAACUUUCGUCGAUAAGUGUGUUUGAUUGAAAUGAAAGAAAUUAAAAAAUUGAAAUUCAAAUUUCAAAUAUGAGCCAAAAUUGAAUAUUAUUUUUUAAAUAUAUAUGAAAUUUACAUAGAAAAUGUGUUAUUAAAUUAUAUUAUUAAUUUUUAUUAAAAAAAAACAAGUGUCCUGUGUACAAAGUUCCAUUCCUUUAUCAAUAUUUUCAAUGUUAUUAUUAGAAUUCACAACAAUGUUGAAAUUAAAAAAUAUACUACAACAUAAUUUAAUUAUUUAUUGGAUAUUAUUAGCAGUACUUAUGGCAACACCUGGUGCCCAUGCCGGCCGAGUCAAGUCAAUUUUUGGUUCCUCCUCAAAACCCUCAACUACAGCUAAGCCAAUACCAAAUGUGGCACUGCACCAGGCCACCGAGGUUCCAAGUACAACAGAACCGCCAGUAACGAUGCCACCAAAAAGUCGUGAUAUAAAAGUAGGGCCAUGUGUAUGGGCCAUAGAUCGUACAUGUCCCGAUAAGGAUAUAACAUUCUAUUUAUAUACCCGGCGAAAUCCGGCCGAUCGUCAAUAUAUUCAUGUUGAUAAGACCCUGGAGUCGUCCAACAUUUCACAAUCCUUCUAUGAUAGUCGACAUCCCAGUAAGGUUUUAAUACAUGGCUACAAUGCCGAUAUGUUCCUGCAUCCGUUGUAUAUGAUGAAAAAUGAAUAUCUGGCCAAGGGGGACUACAACAUUUUCUAUGUGGAUUGGAGUAAAUUGGCCAUAGGACCAUGCUAUGUGAGUGCAGUCCACAAUAUUCGCCAUUCUGGCGCCUGUGUGGCCCAAUUGGUCCAGCGUAUCAUGGAUAUGGGCAGCAAAGAUAUUCAUGUAAUUGGAUUUUCGCUAGGUGGUCAUUUAACCAACUAUAUAGCCAGCAGUUUGGACUCAUUCCUAUUGCCAAGGAUAACGGCUCUGGAUCCUGCCAUGCCGCUCUUUGUUAGCUCAUCCAAGGAAAAUAAACUUGAUCCCUCCGAUGCCGAAUAUGUUGAUGUUAUCCAUACUAAUGCCAUGAUUCAGGGCAAAUUGGAACGCUGUGGCCAUGCAGACUUUUAUAUUAAUGGGGGCAUUGUUCAGCCUGGUUGUGCAACAGAUAAUCCAUUGAAUCCCUUUUCCUGCAGCCACCACCGAGCAAUUGAUUAUUAUCUUGAAUCCAUACGGACAACCAAAGGAUUUUGGGGUUGGUCAUGUAGUUCCUAUCUUUCAUAUUUACUGGGUAUGUGCCCGCAGACAAAUUAUCUCCUGGAGGCCGGUGAAAAUGCAAAGAAAACCACCAAGGGUAUGUUUUUCGUGACGACAAAUGAAAAAUCACCAUUUGCCCAAGGAAAAUGGACGGAUCUACCAACGUUGGGCUACAAGAAUCCAAACAAAACCAUGACAUCGAUGUUAAUGAAACCAUCACCACCUCCAUCCAUAACGAUUAUGCAACCCCAGCACCGAGGAGAUCCACUGAUGCGUCAUAUCGAUCAAUGGGGAAAAUUGGAUUAUAAUUUCAACAAUUUCAAUGAAUACAAUCCAGCUGAUGGUGAAGUUCAUCAUGAUCCAUACGAUGACAAUUGGACAUAUUUCAGUGAUGAUCCAGUCGAAAUAGCCAAUGAUGUGAAUGCUAACUCUGUGGAGGAACAAGAUUUGGGAGAUUAUACAUUCCCGGGGAAUUUUAAACAUGAUCAUCAUGGUGAGGGCGAAAUCGGUGGCAUUGAAUGGGAAGAAUAUAAAAUGAAUGCCACAAGGGGCUAUAUUGAGAACAGUUUGUUUGGUGUUCCCAUAUUGGGAAAUAGUUAA